UCUGCCCCCCUGUGGGUAAAGUAACCACCGCAUGGGAGUUAGUACCCUGCCGCCAAGGUUAGUCAUUAACCUUGUCUUCUCAGUCACUCAGGGCACCGAAGAAAGCGGACAGCACUGUGUCCAAGGCAUGCUGCCGCCCGGCCGUUACAUCUUACCAUGGGCGACUGCAACCACUGCACACACGAACGGCCUUUGUCCGUAGAGGACGGCGUUACCGUCGUGUUUCACAAAGUUGACGGCCAUGGCACAAACAGCGGCGACGACGACCACGACGACAGUGGCGAUGAUGAGCGGACAACGGAGAUGAUUCACCUGCAAAGUAACUGCCAUGUGUUGUGUGAGUACGACGGGGAUGCUGCCGAAGAAGAAGCGAGAGGAAGCGAGCAGAAAACGCUGUGCUCGCCGGCGUUUUGCGUCAGAGGCAGGCUCGCAUCCAGAGACGGAAGCGCACAUGAAGAUUCGGAGAAACCAAAGAAAUGUUCAGGUCUUGGUUUGUUCUACGCUUUCCUGUCAACUGUUUUUUUUUCCAUCAUUGCCCUCUUGGUGAAAACCAUCCAGGGAGUCCACGCCAUAGAGAUCAGCGCCAUACGCUGCUUCUUCCAGAUGCUCUUUACUAUGCCGUUACUCAUCUACCACAAUGCGUCUAAUCAUCCAUCCAUCCAGUCAUUCAUUCAUCCAUCAUCCUCCUAUCUCUGCUCCUUCAGGACAGGUUUCCUUGGUCCCAGAGAUAAACGUAUAUAUCUGGUGCUUCGGGGUUUCAUUGGUUCCAAUGCCAUGAUCCUGCUCUUCUAUGCUGUUCAGCAGAUGCCGCUAGCGGACGCCACAGUCAUCAUGUUCAGUAAUCCAGUCUUUACCUCCAUCCUUGCCUGGAUCUUCCUGAAGGAGAGAUGUACAAUCUGGGACUGUGUUUUCACUGUUUUUACCAUCGCUGGAGUCAUCCUCAUCGCCCGACCGCCGUUUCUCUUUGGCGAGGAUCGACGUGGCAUUGAGGGCAACUACGCUAACCACAUCAAGGGGACUAUUGCUGCCUUUGCAGGAGCUAUUGGGGCUGCUUUCACAUUUGUUGUCCUUCGCAAGAUGGGGAAGAGCGUCCAUUACUACCUCUCUGUCUGGUACUACGCUGUCAUCGGUUUCAUUGAGUGCAUCAUCACUGUAUCCGUCCUUGGGGAGUGGAAAAUCCCAUUCUGUGGCCGCGAUCGCUGGCUGCUGAUGCUGAUUGCUGUCCUGGGUAUUGCCGGCCAGACCUUCCUCACAAAGGCCCUGCAGAUUGAGAAGGCUGGACCUGUGGCCCUGAUGAGGACUAUCGACGUGGUGCUGGCGUUCAUCUUCCAGUUUAUUUUCCUUAACCGUGCACCGACCAUGUGGAGCCUCGGAGGGGCGCUGUGCGUAGUGGUGAGCACCAGUGGGGUAGCACUUCGGAAGUGGUACACAAGCUCUCGUAAGAGCUGAGAGAGAGAGAUUGAGAGGCAACACAGAAUACUUUGGCAUUACUAUUUAUUCUUUUUCACUAUAAUAUGUUCUAGAUUACUCUGUAUUUUACUUGUUACUUACAUGCAAACCAGUGAUGAGGUUUAAGCUCUUUUGAGUGUCAAAAGCAGAAAUAUAGGAGGAUAAACUAGCAGGAGUCAGUUAUGCAUUUAUGAUUGAAUUCAAAAUUGAAUUAUGUGCAUCAAUACAUGUUGAUUCCUAAGAGUCAACCUGUGUAGCUUAUUGUUAUGCAUUUAUUUUUGUGUAAUUAAACACACGAGGAAGUAAGAGCAAGGAAAAACUGUUGCUGCCCCAAAACCAUAUCCUGCUCCCUGCAGGCUGAGCAGCUAAGUGCUUAUUCAACACAUAUUUCCUAUUUUCUCCAUAAAAAAAUCUAUAUAACAAAAAUGGGUCUGAUAUUUGAACUUCAUAAUGAAGCUGUUUAAUGAAAGUUAUCAUCAGUCCCAUUUCUUUUUUCUUGAACUUGAAUAACAUAGCCAAAGAGAGACAUUUAUUGCGCAAGACCAUCCGUACUGUGUUAGCUAACUUGGCAAUAAUAGACUGAAAAGUAUUCAACAUCUUUUUAUUGUGGCAUGCACUAGACCCUGUCAAAUGAGUAUGUUCAACUACAACAAAAAAAUACUUAAAGGGACAUUUCAUCCCAAAAUCAAAAAUACAUAUUUUUCCUCCUAAUGUAAUGCUAUAUAUCAGUCCAGAUUGUUUUGAUGUGGGUUGUCAAGUUUUGGAGAUAGCUUAGAGAUUCUGCCUUCUCUUGAAUAUAAUGUAUUUUUGGCACUUGGCUUGUAGUGCUCAAAGCGCCAAAAAAAAAUAUAUAUAUAUAAAAAAUGUCAAAAACAAUGUCUCUUCAGAGAUAGUGACCUGGUUACUUAAGAUUAUCCACUGACCUGGUUGUGAGCAAUUUCAAAGAGGAACUAUUUUAUUUCUGUGGAUUACCUUUAGUAACUGGGUCAUGUACUUUCUGGAAAUCAUGACCAGCUGUUGAGUCCUUCAUCAGCAGUAUAAGCUGAGUGCCACCUAGUUCCAUUAUAUUCAAGAGAAGGCAGCCAUCUCAAAGGCCGAUAUCGCCAAAACUAGGCACCUCAAACCAAGUAAUCAAGACAGAUUUAUAGCACUACAGUUUAGGGGAAAAAUAUGUACUUUUCGUUUUGGGUUGAACCGUCCCUUUAACAUAUCAGUGGUGCUGAUAAUGCAAUACAAUUGUGUUUUAAAACCAUUCUGUCAACCACAACAAGAAAACAAAAUGCAGUGCAAACCAGUAAACCGUAUUAGCACUUAAAUACACAUUUUUGUUAAGCAAAUAAAAUGUGUAGUAAAAUGACAUUGCAGGCAUUAAAGUAAAAAAGAGUAUAUAUAAAUAUAUAUAUAUAAAUAAAUAUAUAUAUAAAUAUAUAUAUAUAUAUAUAUAUAUAUAUAUAGACAGAAGUGAAAUCCACAAAGUAAGUUACAAGUUUUUACUUGUAAACAGAGUGAUGCUGUACAAUUUGCUCAGGAAUCUAAUGCCUAACUGCUGGUAAUGCUCAAAUAUGACUCUAAAUCAAAUCCAACAUUCUUAUCCAUGAAGCAUUUAAUCCUUUUAGAUUUUAGAUUUUAUUUUGCUUCUGAAUUGUGAAUAAUUUUAUAAAAAUAUUUUUGAAGUGCCUUAACUUUAACCUCCAGCUUCCCUUCCCUGCGGAGCUGCUCAGUAACCAGCAACUUGUACUGGGCAGCUCUCGGUUGUUUUUGUGCAUAAGAAUAUGGAUAUAAAUAUGAAGUAGGGUGCUUCUAAAAAAAUCCACCCAGAAGUUAAUAAUUUUUUAAAAUCGAAGUUAAGUCAAACAGCAUUCUUCAGUAAGGCACUGAAGACAUGACCAUUAUCCCCACACUGAGGCCACACACUGAUUUCUUCAUUAUCUCAGGCAGAGUCAUCUCCAUCAUGGUGGCUAGCACUUAAUGUCACUAUUAAAGCAUCUAAUUAGUGUUCGCAACAGUCUAAAAAUAUAUUUUCUGUGAUGCUAUAAGAGGGGUGUUGUUUGCACUUUGUAUCGCUAGAGGGUUGAAGAAGUGUCACUAAACUGCCACUAUUAUUCAGCUCAUGAAGUGAACAUACAAACAGCUGCUACCAAGAUUUGCUGGAUGAUAGCUUCCUCUAGAGGUGAAACUGCAUCUAAAAAGUGCAGGAUUUUCAAUACAUAUCUUGCAUCACCCAGUUGAAUAGUGGCGAUAAUGUCACCAAGCUAAAGCUGAUGUUGAGUUUUUACACUUAAGUAUCUUUGUUUUUUAGAACAGCUGUUCAUGUGCCAAGUAGAGGAUGUCUGCUGUCACCUCAUGAACAUCCACAAGUGGGUGAGUUGUAACUGGCUGACAAAUAAGAAAAAAAGACAUAGAAAUAUUCUUGAAAUAUGGCAUUGAGCUAUUUUAAAGCAAAAAGAUAUUCUGCUAAAAGCAAUAUUGUGUUAUGUCUGAAAAGGUCACUUUGUGUACCACUGUCCUCAGCUGCAAAGUGAACCAAAGGUGAUCUUUAUGUGUUACUAUCUGUAGGAAACCCCAGAAAUACAUUUAUUUAAAUGGAUGUAGGUUUCUAGCACAGCAGUCGGUGUUUGUGUCCGUUAUAAAUCUCAUCGUGUUUUUAGUAUUUAGCCAGGAGUUUCCCCACUGUCAUGACUAAUGAAGUCGCGGUGCAACUGCAGUCCUCUGUUGUAGGAGUGUUUAAUUGGGUGAAAUACAGCUAGAAAAGGAAGGCAAUUAGUUCUGCUAGACUGUUAUUUAACAUCCUGCAGUCUCUCCCUUGCUUUUUUUUCCACACACUGCUGUUUCUGUUUUGUGGAGCACAGCUGCACUUGCCUUCAAUUAUUAUAGUUCUUCCUUUAAUCUAGUAAACCACCAAUAAACUGAACUCUGAGUUUGCACAUUUUUGUUUUGUUAA